AUGACGGGACGGGCCGAGACACGAACCCCUGAACCGCGAUUGUUGAGACCGAGACGCUCCACCAGACCGCCUAACAAUUAUGCCCAGGAGCAAGAACUCGAUAUCGAGCAAAGCAACGCGCGUUCCCAAGAAACAGAAUGCAAUUGGCGAGAGCCGCCUGCACUUUGUAUCCCUAUGGAAGAGGGUACCUUGGAUCGGUGGAAACUGGGAGUACUGACUGAUCCCCGAUGGAUUUUAUUUGCGAACGUUUCGUUGUGA